UAGUUUGACACAUGGCGGGAAAUUUGUAAAAUACACAACAACAAAUAAAAUAAAUAACAGUCGUAUCUAUAUACCUAGAACAGAUAAAUGUCAUUUUUAGAUACCCUUGACGUAGAUGGCAGAAUAAAAGCGGCGGCAAAGAAAUUGAAGUUGAAUUCCUGUGAAUCUGUUCUGUAUCUGACCAAUCCAGUGGGUGCUCUGUCAGCACAGGACAUCUCAGCACUUAAAACAGCUGUAUCAAAGCAGAUAUGGAAUAAACCACAUAAAACAGCCUUACAGUUGACUGAAGAUGAAGGUGAGUCUGGACGAUGUAGGCUAACAACUGGCUGCCAAGUACUGGACCAAGCUCUCAGGGGAGGAAUACUAUGUGAGGGUAUAACAGAAAUAUCAGGGGAGAGUGCUAGUGGAAAGACACAGUUUGGUCUACAGCUCAGUCUCACAGCCCAGCUGCCUAAGGAAUAUGGGGGACUUGAUAAUGGAACUCUGUAUAUCUGCACAGAAGAUGCUUUUCCAAGCAAAAGAUUGUAUCAGAUGAUUCAGAACUUCACUAGUCGUCAUGGCAAAAAGAUUUGUAACCAUGGAAACCUUGGAGAUAGAAUAUUUAUUGAACAUGUAUCUGAUUUUGAAGGUCUGAUGGAAUGCUUGGAAAGGAAAGCAGAUUUGUUGCUGAAAUCAGCUACUGUCAAACUUAUCGUUCUUGAUUCAGUGGCGGCACAUUUCAGAAGUGAUUAUGAAGGCCACGAGAUGUAUAAGAGAGCGCAACAUAUUAGUUCCCUUGGCUCAUUGCUGUACAAAUAUAGCCACCAGUAUCAUAUACCUGUUGUCUGUAUUAAUCAGGUGACUAGUUCAAUGAAUCCAGAAGGAAGACAGCUUGUUCCAUCUCUUGGUCUGGCCUGGUCUAAUCAUGUGACAACCCGCCUCAUGCUGGCUCGGACCCAGCAUACUGUUGUGAUACAGCAGGAUAGUGCAAGGGGUCCUCUAGAAACCGUAGUAAGGGAGAUGGAAAUUGUGUUUGCUCCCCAUCUGCCUUCAAUGACUGUACCUUAUAUAAUAGACCAUGAAGGAAUGAAAGGAUUUAGGUAGCACUUCAAGCUGCCAAGUUCUUACUACCUGUUUUUAUUAGCUAACCUGUCACUAUGUGACAGGGUGAGCUUUUGUGAUCGCCCUUCUUCGUCCGUCCGUCCACUAUUUUCUUGUGAACACGAUAGAGACCACAUUUUGUAUUUCAUUUUAAUCAAACUUGCACACAACUUGUAUGGGCAUAAUAUCUCGGUUCCUUUCGAAAACUGGCCAGAUCUCAUCAUGGGUUCCAGAGUUAUGGCCCCUUAAAGGGCCAAAAUUUGCCAUUUUUGGCUUGUGAACAUGAUAGAGACCACAUUUUGCAAUCAACUUUAAUAAAACUUGCACACAACUUGUAUUGGCAUAUCUCAGUUCCUUUCAAAAACUGGCCAGAUCCCAUCAUGUGUUCCAGAGUUAUGGCCCCUUAAAGGGCCAAAAUUUGCUAUUUUUGGCUUGUGAACACAAUAGAUACCACAUUUUGAAAUCAACUUCAAUCAAACUUGCACGCAACUUGUAUUUGCAUAAUAUCCCGGUUCCUUUCAAAAACCGGCCAGAUCCCAUCGUGUGUUCCAACCAUAUAGAGGUUUCAUUUAUGGUUUGAUUUGAUACAAACUUGCAAAAUAUCUUCAACAACAAUAAAUCUUGGAUUCCAUGAUGAAUCUAUCAGAUCCACUCAUAGGUUCCGGAGUUAGGCCCUUGAUUGACCCCUUAAAGAGCCAAACUUUGGUAAUUUUUACCUUGUGAACACGAUAGAAGUGACAUUUUAUAUUUGAUUUUAAUCACACUUACACACAACAAUAAGAUCUUGGUUCCUUUCGAAAACCAGCUAGAUUCCAUCAUGGGUUCUAGAGUUACUGUCCCUGAAAGGGGCAAAAUUUUCUGUUUUGGACUUUUCAGCCAUAUAGAGGUUUCAUUUAUGCUUUGAUUUGAUACAAACUUGCACAGAAUGAUUAUCUUAAUGAUCUCUAGGCCUGAAUCAUAACUAGGUCAUAUCGGGUCAAAAACUAGGUCAUCAGAUCAAAUAAAAGGAAAAGCUUGUAAACAACCCAGAGGCCCGUUUUAUGACCUAUCUUCUUGAAACUUGGUCAGAAUGUUUAUCUUGAUGGUUCCUAGGCCAAGUUUGAAUCAGGGUCAUAUGUGGUCAGAAACUAGGUCACCCAGUCAAAUCAAAGGAAAAGCGUGUUAACACUCUUGUUCGUUUGCAUGAAACUUGGUCAGAAUGUUUGUCUGCAUGAAAUAUCGUAUGAAUUUUUAUCUGGGUCAUGUGGGGUCAAAAACUAGGUCACCAGGUCAAAUCAAAGAAUAAGCUUGUUUACACCCUAUGGGGCACAUUUUUAGCUCACCAAUGCCAAAGGCUCAGGGUGAGCUAUUAGGAUCAGUCGCCGUCCGGUGUCCGUCGUCCGUCCGUAAACUUUUACUUUAAACGACAUCUCCUCAUAAACCGCUAGGCCAAUUUCAUCCAAACUUCAUUGGAAUGUUCUUUGGGUGAAGCUCUACAAAAGUUGUUCAAAGAAUUGAAUUCCAUGCAGAACUCUGGUUGCCAUGACAACCGAAAGGAAAAAACUUUAAAAAUCUUCUUCUCAAAAACCAGAAGCCCUAGAUCUCAGAGAUUUGGUGUGAAGCAUUGCCUAGUGGACCUCUACCAAAUUUGUUCAAAUCAUGACCCCGGGGUCAAAAUUGACCCCACCCCAGGGGUCACUUGAUUUUACAUAGGAAAAUCUUUAAAAAUCUUCUUCUCAAAAACCAGAAGCCCUAGAGCUUAGAUAUUUGACAGGUGAAAUUGCCUAGUGGACCUCUACUAAAGUUGUUCAAAUCAUGACCCUCGGGUCAAAAUUGGCCCCAGGGGUCAACUUGAUUUUACAUAGAUUUCUAUAGGAAAAUCUUCAAAAAAAAAAAAAAAAAAUAAACCAGAAGGCCUAGAGCUUAGAUGUUUGACAUGUAGCAUUGCCUAGUGGACCUCUACAAAGUUUGUUCAAAUCAUGACACAUGGGUCAAAAUUGACCCCGCCCCAGGGGUCACUUGAUUUUACAUAGGAAAAUCUUCAAAAUUUUUCGAAAAAUAAACCAGAAGGCCUAGAGCUUAGAUAUUUCACAUGUAGCAUUACCUAGUAGACCUUUACAAAAUUUGUUUAAAUCAUGACCCCCGGGGUCAAAUUGACCCCGCCCCAUGGGGUUAUUUGAUUGUACAUAGGCCCUAUGUGGUUCUGGGACGAUCUGUGUAUGAAAAGAAUUGGAACCACUGCCUUACCCUUGCAUGAUCGUAAGAGGCGACUAAUAGGGGCUUAACACUUGGUUUUGCUGUAACUCUGCGAUUCCAGCAGGUAUGCAAAUUUUGAUUCCAUACCUCAUGUUUUUAUUUCGAUGUAAAUGAGAUGUGAAACCAAAAUUUGUAGUCCUGUUUGGCACCAUAUUACCUAUACUGUGUUGGUGCGCCGUAAAACCCAAAUAAAUAAAUAAAUAAAGAUUGUACAUAGAAAAAUCUUCAAAAUUUUCUAAAAAUAAACCAGAAGGCCUAGAGCUUAGAUAUUUGACAUUGAAAAUUGGCCCAGCCCCAGGGGACACUUGAUUUUACAUAGGAAAAUCUUCAAAAAUUGUCUAAAAAUAAACCAGAAGGCCUAGAGCUUAGAUAUUUCACAUGUAGCAUUGCCUAGUGGACCUCUACAAUAUUAUUCAAAUCAUGACCUCCGUUGUCAAAUUGACCCCACCCAAUGGGGUUACUUGAUUGUACAUAGAAAAAUUUUCUAAAUUUUCUAAAAAUAAACCAGAAGGCCUAGAGCUCUACAAAAUUUGUUCAAAUCAUGACCCACGGGGUCAAAAUUGACCGCGCCCCAGGGGUCACUUGAUUUUACAUAGGAAAAUCUUCAAAUAUUUUCUGAAAAUAAACCAGAAGGCCUAGAGCUUAGAUGUUUGACAUGUAGCAUUGCCUAGUAGACCUCUACAAAAUUUGUUCAAAUCAUGACCCCUGGGGUCAAAAUUGACCCUGCCCUGUCCUUGAUUUUACAUAGGAAAAUCUUCAAAAUUUUUCUAAAAAUAAACCCAGAAGGCCUAGAUCUUAGAUAUUUGACAUGUAGCCUUGCCUAGUGGACCUCUACAAAAUUUGUUCAAUCUUGACCCCCCCCCAGGGUCAAAUUGACCCAGCCCCAGUGGUUACUUGAUUGUACAUGAGGAAAACUUCAUAAAUUUGCUAAAACAAAACCAGGAGGCCUGGAUCUUAGAUAUUUGAUAUGUAAAUUGCCUAGUAGACUUCUACAAACUGUAUUCAGAUCAUGACCCCUGGGGUAAAAUUGGCCCCGCCCCAGGGGUUACUUGAUUGUACAUCGGAAAAUCUUUCAAAAAUUUUCUAAAACUCAUCAGUUUGACAUUUGAAACAUGUAGCUCAUAUUUCUCAGGUGAGCGAUCCAGGGUCAUCAUGACCCUCUUGUUUAUUCUGUCUUCAUUAAGUUUUGGUCAGAAUGUUUGUUAUCAUGAAGUUCGUAUCUGGGUCAUGUGGGGUAAAAAACUAGGUCACUAGGUCAAAUCAAAGAAAGUGCUUGUUUACACUCAAGAUGCCACAUUUUUUGGUCAAGUCUUACUGAAAAUUGGUCAGAAUAUUUGUUUCCAUGUAAUUACUAGGUAAAACAUGUUUACACUGUUAUGGUAUGUUACACAGGUGAGCAACCUAGGCCAUCUUGGCCCUCUUGUUUGAUUUACUAUCCAACAGUGAUAAAAUUGUUCAUUGAUUAAUUUUACUUUAUUGCUGAAUUCCUGUAAUUAUUAAUUGGUAAUUUAAUGUAUAAUACAAAAAUUUUCAAAGGCA